AUGAAUUCUAUCCAAGUAUCAAACGAUCCAUCACAUAUGUCUUCUUUGCCAUCGGACGAAAUCAAAUCACAACGAGAAUUGGGUGUCAUUGAAAAAUUAUGUGCGACAUAUGGUUUUGUUUAUUGUUGUCAUCGAGAUGGACGAUACUUCUUCCAUUUCAGUGAAUAUAAAAAUGAUAUUCAACAAGCAAAAAUUGGAGAUGUAAUUGAGUUUGAAACAACAAUCGAUAAAAGAAAAAAGAAACCAGUUGCUGUUAAUAUUGUCAAAUUAGCCAAUACAGAAAUUGUUGGAGAAAAUCGGGUUGAAGGAGCGAUUGCUAUUGUCUCAAAAAUAUCAUCUAUAACACCUCAUUCAAAUGGACGCGCUUAUGAUAAUACAUUCUCUAUACCACCUGAUGGUCAUAUUACAUACGUGAAAAAAGGCGAAACAUUCUAUAUUCCGUACGGUUUAAAUGAUCUACAAGAUCCAAAUUUAGUACUGAAAGUUGGAGAUAAAGUUUCGUUCAACGUUGCACAAGAUCGUCGAACUAAUCAGUUUUUUGCACGAAACGUUAGUCUUGUUGAAAGUGUAGUACCAAAAAAAUAUCGUGGUGUGGUAUCAACAAUGAAAGAUUCGUUUGGUUUUAUUGAACGAGAAGAUGCAGUGAAAGAAACAUUCUUUCACAUAUCAGAAGUGAGUGAAAAUGGCAAUAUGAUACAUCCGGGUGCUGAAGUUGAAUUUGAAAUACAAGAUAGACACAACAAAGAAGUUGCCAGUAAUAUUGUUCUAUUACCGGAAGGGUCAGUUGUAUUUGAUGAUAUAGAUCAAUCAUUUCACAUUGGCCGCGUUACUGAACCACUUACAAAGCCGAAAAAAGCUAAUGAAUUAUUAACUGGACGAAUUCUAUACGACAAUAUCGAUACGUCUGUGAUAAAACUCGUCGAAUUAUCCUUUGGUGAACGUGACCGUGUUGGUCAGUAUACAUUACUGGAGAAUGAUAUUGUUCAAUUUCAUAUUGCCACAGACAAACGAGAUGGAGUGAAGCGUGCGACACAAAUACAGUUGCUUGAUCAAAGUUUUCUAAAAUCGAAAGAACGACGAGAAACUGGAAUUGUAACAAAACUUGUACAGAAAACUGGUGGAGUUAUAAAAUGUACAAAUCGUGAUGAAACAGUGACAUUUCGAUUUAGUGAAGUGAUGAAGGACAGUUUUCAAAUUGCUGAAGGCGAUUUACUGGAAUUUACCGUUGUGCCAUCGUUUUCCAAUGGUAGUAGUUCAGCCAUUCGAAUUAAAUUACACACGAAAGAACCAUUAAAAAAUGACACUACAUCGGAAUUAAAUUUUGUUGGUGUUGUCGAAAAAGAUGCUGGAGAUUUCAAACCAAUGGUGUCAUCGGGUAAGCCGCCACCGCACUUUUAUUCAAGUCUAAUUAAAAUACCGCUGUGUACUUUAGAAAGAAAUGGUCGUACUACACAAGAUGUAAUGACACCAGCAACGCCAAUUUCUACCUCAUUACCAUCGAUGCCACUCGUUAAUGGUGACGCCUCAUCGUCGAGACAACAAGAACCCGGUAUUAUUUCAUAUGAACAGAAUGGGAAACAAUGUACGAUGCAAUUCAUAACAUCUGGUAUUAGUAAUACAACCGCUUUAUAUUGUGGAGAUAAGGUCGAAUUUAGUGUCAGUAAUAAUGCGUCAUCGAAACAGUCACUUGCAUUCAAUAUUAGACUAAUCGAAAGAAAUCGUAUUCGUGGAUGGAUAGCAAUAUUUCGCGAAAACCGAGGAUUCAUUGAACAAAAUGUUAAACUACAAUCGGAAUAUUUUGGUUUUAUUUAUAGUUCUAUUGCUGGUGAUCCAACUCAACUGGAUUUAGGAGAUGAAGUCGAAUUUAGUCUAAGAAAGUCUACUGGGCGUUUAACCGCAGAAAAUAUUAUCAAAGUUGCACUAACAGUCAAUAGUUUUUAUUCGACACUUCCAACAACUUAUCAUGGUCGUGUUGUAUCACCUGUGCGAAUGCUUAAUAAUGAAGAAUGUGAAGUACUCGGUAAAAUUCAAAAAGUAACAGAUGGUACGUAUGAAUUUUCUUUAUUUGGAGAUUUACCACUGACUCAGUUGUAUGGCAUACCAGGUGAAUGUUACACAUACAGUAUAACUGGUGUUAAAAAUAAACGAGUCGUAUUGCUUCCAAAUGACCCGGUGACAUUUUUAAUUGGCGUUGGGCUUGAUUACAGUACAAGAGCGGUUAACAUUAUUCUCGAGAAUGAAUUACGAAAAGGAAAAGUUGAUACAGUUAAAGGACAGUAUGGAUUUAUUGAUUUUGCUAUUGAAGAAAACAAGAAAAUAUUUUUCCAUAACUCUGAAGUUGACGGUGGUUUUGAAUUACGUCCAGGCGAUGAUGUUGAAUUUAUUGCAUAUUACAAUCAAAAAAGUGGCAAACCAUGUGCUAGCAAAUUAAGACGGUUAAACAAUCUUCAGCGACCUGAACGAUUAAUGACAAGAUUAAAAACAAUGAAUAUCGAUGAAACUAAAGGAAAACGACUGAUUAUUGUUAGACAACCACGUAAUGCAGACGAAAAAUCAAAAGGUUUUACAACAGCUAGAGUUGAACGAAAACCAGGCAUGUUAUUGCAAGCUUAA